CCACAAUGCACCGCGGAGGAGCAUGGCUGACCGUGGGCUAGGAGUGUCAUCUAAACGAGAAUGAAUGCGCUGUUUCUGGUUUACAGCAGCUGAUGUUCAUUCAAAACUACCGAAUGUCCGAGUUUAUGAAGUUUCUCCUGCAGGCUGUGUUAUUUUAGUCGCGUUGUUAGGAGCCGACAAGUCGUGACGUUUCUCUCCGCAGCACCUUCUUGUGGCAGCUGACCAGAGCCAACAUGGCAGGAGUUGCAGCCAAGCGCGAGGGACCACAGUUCAUCAGUGAAGUGGCUGUCAGGGGGAACUCAGCCGUGCUGGAGUACUGCCGCACCUCUGUAUCCGCUCUGUCUGGAGCAACAGCUGGCAUCCUCGGGCUGACGGGACUGUAUGGCUUCAUUUUUUACUUCCUCUCCGCAUUUCUUCUCUCACUGCUGCUCAUCCUCAAGGCCGGGCGGCGGUGGAACAAAUGCUUUAAGUCACGGCGGCAGCUUUUCACCGGAGGCCUUGUUGGAGGUCUUUUCACUUAUGUCCUGUUCUGGACUUUCUUGUAUGGGAUGGUGCAUGUGUAUUGAAAUGAUGUACACUAAAUAACCCUGAGAUAUUUCUGUCUAAUGCUACGUAAGCCUUUAAGAUCGUCUGUCCUGCUGUUUGUAGAUAGGCUAUUAGUUAAAGACUUUUGAUUUUUCCAUUGUGAACUGUUGAUAUAUUGAAUGAUAUGUUAAUAAUUUCUAUAUACAUAAUUAACUAUUGACCCUUUCUUUCUGCUCUACAUCUCACUAUAACUCCUUUAACCUGUAACUCCAACUCUGUCAGUGGUAUCAUGAAUACUGGGACAAGAGCCACAGUUAUUACAAUGUAGAUUAACAGGUAUAAUAAUAAAUGCCUCUCUACAA